CCGGGCGCGCCGCCGCCUGAGGAGCCCGGCGGCCGCCCUCUGUCAGUUCAAGAUCAAGUGGUACCAACAGGAAGUUCUUCCUCCAGGAUCAUAGUGCACGUGGAUCUGGAUUGCUUUUAUGCACAAGUAGAAAUGAUCACAAAUCCAGAACUAAAGGGCAAACCUCUAGGAGUUCAGCAGAAAUAUUUGGUUGUUACCUGCAACUAUGAAGCUAGGAAACUUGGAGUUAAGAAACUUAUGAGUGUCAGAGAUGCAAAAGAAAAGUGUCCACAGCUGGUAUUAGUUAAUGGAGAAGACUUGACUCGUUAUAGAGAGAUGUCAUAUAAGGUUACAGAGUUGUUGGAAGAAUUCAGUCCCGUUGUUGAGAGACUUGGAUUUGAUGAAAAUUUUGUGGAUCUGACAGAAGUGGUUGAGAAGAGACUACAGCAGUUUCAAAGCAAUGAACUUUCAGCCAUGACUGUGUCAGGUCAUGUAUACAAUAAUCAGUCUGUAAACCUGCGUGACAUCUUGCACAUCAGACUACUUAUUGGAUCUCAGAUUGCAGCAGAGAUGAGGGAAGCCAUGCAUAAUCAGUUGGGUCUCACUGGCUGUGCUGGAGUGGCUUCUAAUAAACUAUUGGCAAAAUUAGUCUCUGGCGUCUUUAAACCAAAUCAACAAACAGUCUUACUACCUGAAAGUUCUCAAGAUCUUAUUCAUAGUUUGAAUCACAUUAAGGAAAUGCCAGGUAUUGGCUAUAAAACUGCUAAACGUCUUGAAGCCCUGGGUAUAAGUAGUGUGCAUGAUCUUCAGAUCUUUCCAUCUAAAACGUUAGAAAAGGAAUUAGGAAUUUCAGUUGCUCAGCGCAUCCAGAAGCUCAGUUUUGGAGAGGAUAACUCUUCUGUGAUGCCCUCAGGACCACCUCAGUCCUUUAGUGAAGAGGAGUCAUUUAAAAAAUGUUCAUCAGAGGUUGAAGCUAAAAAUAAGAUUGAAGAACUACUUGCUAGUCUUUUGAACAGAGUAUGCCAAGAUGGAAGGAAGCCACAUACAAUAAGAUUAACAAUCCGUCGAUAUACAUCUGAGAAACACUGUAGCCGUGAGAGUCGGCAGUGCCCUAUUCCAUCCCAUAUAAUUCAGAAGUUAGGGACAGGAAAUUGUGAUGUGAUGGCACCAAUGGUUGAUAUACUUAUGAAACUUUUUCGAAAUAUGGUGAAUGUGAAGAUGCCAUUUCAUCUUACCCUUUUAAGUGUGUGCUUCUGCAACCUUAAAACAAUAAAUACUGCUAAGAAAGGGACUAUUGAUUAUUAUUUGACACCAUCAUUUUCAACAGCCUCACACUCUGGCAAGCGCAGUUUUAAAAUGAAAGACACUCACAUAGAAGAUUUUUUCAAAGACAAAGAAACAAAUUGGGAUUGUCUACCAACUGGAAGAAUUGAAAGUAUAAGUACGGGGGAAUCUCCAUUUGAUAGUACAAAUUUUUCUAAACAAAGAGAUAUUAAUGAAGUCCCAGUCUGCCCACUUCCUGAGGGUGUUGACCAAGAAGUCUUUAAGCAACUUCCAAUAGAUAUUCAAGAAGAAAUUCUUUCUGGAAAAUCUAAAGAACAAGUUCAAAGGAAAGGAAGUUUAAGCUGCCCAUUGCAUGCCUCCAGAGGAGUAUUAUCUUUCUUUUCUACAAAACAAAAGCAAGAUAGCCCCAUAAAUCCUAGAGAUCAUUUAUCCAGUAGCAAACAGACAUCCUCUGUAUCUCCCUGUGAACCAGGAACAUCGGGUUUAAAUAGCAGUAGUUCUUCUUACCUAUCACACCAGAAGGAUUAUUCACAUUACUUAGACAGUAGAUUAAAAGAUGAAGGAAUGAGUCAAGGACCUAAAGAAUCUCAAGGAUUCCACUUUUCAAAUACCAACCCUGCAGUCUCUAUUAUCCAUUCUUUUCCAAAUAUGCAGUGUGAGCAACUUUUCUCCAAAAAUCGCAAUGCAGAUAGCCAUAAGGAACCAUUAGCAACAGUCCCUCAUCAUGAAAGACUUACAGAAAUUAGAGAACAAGAUUCAACUGAUGAGAAAAUUACUUUUCCUUCUGAUGUUGAUCCUGAGGUUUUUUAUGAACUCCCAGAAGAGGUACAAAAGGAACUCUUGGCUGAUUGGAAGAGAACAGGAUCAGAUUUCCACAUCGUACAUAAAUAAGUAUGUUCAGGAAAAGGUCUAUAAAAAGCAAGGGAAAGAUGACUGUUGUUCUCAGAUUAGCAGUUUAUUAAGCUCUUUUAAGUUAAACACUAAUUAUUCAAUAAUGUAGAAAUUUAACAUAAAAUGUUGCAGAUAAAACAAGAAUAGUUACAGGAAGUAAAUUCUGACAGGAAGCAUAAAAAUACACAUUACAGAAGAAAUAAUGUAAAAUAUUAUCGUCCAAUUAUUUCUAAAACUGUUUUAUAUAGCUUUUCAAUAAAAAGAAUAUCAUGGUCA